AUGGCUCUACUCGAACUUCCCAACGAAUUACUACUUCAGAUUAUCGAGAACCUGGAGAGCGAGAAAGAUAUUCUUUCUAUUUUGUUGACAAGCCCUCGAAUAUAUGCUAUCCAGCAAGCGGGCCCUCUAUACAAACACAACAUCCAAUUCUCCGCGAGCUCAGCGCUGGGAUGGUAUUCGGCGAGAGGGCGUAAAUCAGCUGUGGAGGCACUGCUCGAAAAGGGCGCUGACCUAGAGAGCAGAUGCGAUGUUGGUGGCACACCUAUAGUAUAUGCUGCUAAGUACGGACAUGAGAGUGCGGUCAGGCUGCUGCCUGAAAAGGGCUCUAUAGUAAAUCGACCCACUUUGUCCUGGCCCCGCUGGACGCCACUAAGUUGGGCUGUUCAUAAUGAGCAUAAGGAUGUGGUCAGGCUGUUACUUGAGAAAGGUUCUGAUCCGAAGUUCAAGGGUACGGAAUAUGACGAGAUUCAGUUAUUAGGAGCUGCACAAUUUGGAGAUGCGAAAUUUGUUAAUCUACUGCUCGAGAGGGGCACUGACCUAGAAUGCAACCACUAUCUCGGUCGCACACCAUUGAGCAUUGCUGCUUGCCAUGGACAAGAAGCUAUAGUUAGGAUGCUGCUUGAGAAGGGCGCUGAUAUAGAAUCCAAGGAUUUUUUUGGCCGGACACCCCUGAUAUAUGCUGCUGGCAAGGGACAUGAGAGUGUAGCCAGGCUGCUUCUCGAGAAUGGUGCUGACAUAGAGUCUAAAAACGAAGAUGGUUGCGCACCGCUGAUAAGUGCUGUUAAUGUUGGGCAAGAGGGUAUGAUCAGGCUACUACUCGAGGAAGGUGCUGAUAUAGAAUCUCAAACUCACGAUGGCUGGACACCAUUAACAGUGGCUGCAUCCCAUGGAUAUGAAAAUAUAGCCAAGCUGCUGCUCGAGAAAGGUUCUAAUAUAGAAGCCAAAGAUGAUGAUGGCUGGACGCCAUUAAUAUGUGCCGCUGAAAAAGGACAUGAGGGCGUAGUCAAGCUACUUCUUGAGCAAGGUUCUAAUAUAGAAUCUGAAGAUCAUGAUGGCUGGACACCACUAAGAUGUGCGGUUGAGAAAGGACGCAAGGGAGUGGUCAAGCUGCUGCUUGACAAGGGCGCUGACCUCGAGCGAGCGGGCCUCACGACCGAGCAGGUCGCCGAUGUUGAUAGUCCUGAUGAUUAG